GCUUUUAUGUAAGGCCCGUGGCCAUGGCCAACACAGAAUGGAGACCACAGCUGUCAAGGCGUGUCUGAGGAAACCCUAACCUAAACUGACGCAAACGUUAACGUCGUGACUAAUCCUACACAAGUGACAGUUAAAAUGUCAAAGAACACUUCAAGCUCAGCUUUUCGAAAAAUCGAUGUCGACCAGUAUAAUGAAGAUAAUUUUAAAGAGGAAGAGGGUGACGGCGGAACUGCUGGUCCUGACGAGAUGGAAAUCAUCACUCUUCUUGGACAGGGGAAAAACAUCGAAGCUCUGAUAUCCGUACUCAAGUCUGCACCUCUCGGAUGCAAGAAUCAACAAGUGAAGGACAAUGCUUUGAACCUAACACUUAAGGUUCUAUUGAGCAUAAAAUCAAACCAAAUUGAAGACGCUGUAGCAAAAUUGGACAAAUACCUGGUUGACGUGUUGAUGAAGUACAUAUAUAGGGGUUUUGAAAUUCCAUCAGAAGGAAGCAGCGGACAUUUGUUGCUCUGGCAUGAAAAAGUUUACAACGUUGGAGGUGUUGGAAGUAUUGUCAGAGUUUUAUCGGAUAGCAAACAAGCGUAAAUGGAACAAUAUGGAAAGGAAUUGCAACAAAUAUGUUAUCAAUAAACUGUUUUAAACCUGGUAAAUUUGGUAAAUGUGGCAAAGCAAAUAGACAAUUUCACCCUGUUAAA